GGGUCGCAUGGUUUACCAUUUUUAUAUAAAUUUUUAGUGACGAUCAAACAGCGCAUAGCCAUGACAUGAGAGUCCAUAGUACAUAGGGACAUAGGACAUGAGAGUCCGUAGUAGAUACGAAUGGAGAGAACACCUACCUACCUGGUAGUUUGUAUGUUGAUGUUACACUGACAGGCAGUAAAAAUAACCAGUCACUACUCUGACCGUAGUUAUGUUUUCACGUACCGGCGAUGAUGACGCUGAAGAUUUUGGUGUCACUGCUGGAGGAGGAAGAUCUAACCUGGCAUCACUGUUUGGCAUGGAUCAGGCAGCCAGUAAGAGUGGAAACAAUGCAUUAGUUUACACAGCUCCAAAACAGCCCCGAAAGCAGCAGGGGCAUCAGGGCAAUGAACAGUCGAGAGACAAUCAAGAUGAUCCUGGGGGAAAAGCACUUGCAGUUCUCUAUGCUGUAGCAACUAAUGUCUUCAAAUACAUUGAUGGACAGUUUGCUAAGCAAGGCAGGCUUGGUGCAGCUAUCCUAGGAGCUACAGGAGAGUUCCACAAGUUGCUGCUAUAUAUGGGCAAGCAGCAAACAGUGACACAGGCAGUGAUUGGUCGCACGUUUGCAUUUACAGUGGCAUUUGCAAAAGCUAAUAGUGGCAAGGAGCAAGGUCUGGUUAUGCAAGAUCUUAUUCCGGGUGAGGGUGGUGGCUUAGAAGUUGACGAUUCAGCAGAGGUCAGAUAUACAGGAUGGCUGAUGGUUAACCAUGUCCAAGGUCCACAAUUUGAUUCAAAUGUAUCUGCUGACAAGAAUUUCAGACUAAAGAUGGGCAGAGGAAAAGUGAUAAAGGGCUGGGAAGAGGGAAUGAUUGGGAUGAAAAAAGGCGGCAGGCGCUUACUCAUAAUUCCUCCCUCUCUUGGAUAUGGAACGCACGGGAUGGGCACACGUGUCCCUCCAAACUCCACUCUGAUCUUGGACGUGGAGCUGAUAAAGGUAAAGUUGACUAGGGAGCACGGUUCACGAGCCGAAAGUCCCACCAAGGUCGGUGGAUUGCAGGCGGAGCAGGUUGACACGACAGACACCACGGUUACUAAGAGCAGAGCUGAUAGUGUGAAGGACCGGUCUGCCUCCCUUAGUGAGCAGAUGUCACAUCCAUCUGCCAGCACUGACAAGGCACAACUGAUACAGCGCAUGGCAAAGAUGGGACAGCCGAUGCUGCCGAUGCAGGGUGCCGUUGCCGCGGCAACAGAGAGUGACGAUGAGGACAGCGAUUCAGAUGUUGUGGUUGCGGAUGCCUCACCAAUACACAACAGUCCUGCUCAUCGACCCACGAUCAGCCCGAAGCCUCACAACUUACCGAUCAGCAAGGCUUCAGCAGCGGACCCGGUGAAGCACAGUGCGACGCCGCCGCCCGUGAUGCAGCCGACCAUGUCACGACCAGUGCCGCAGUACUCCCGGCCUUCAGCACCAACAGCAGAGGCUGUAGGCACAAUCAUGUACGGGCACCAGGCCCCUGCCAGCCUACCGCCCCAUCAGAGCAUGUCUGUGUACCAGCCGGCUGCUAUGCCUAUGGCAACCCUACAAGGCUUCCCUUACUAUGCUCAGCCUCCACCUGCAUCUUCUCCAGCAGCAAGCUCAGACACUAGUCUCCAGACGUUUAUGAUGGAGAGCAGGCAACAGAGCACAGAAGUCAGACUUUCCCUCAGCAAGCUACAGGACAGAGUGGACCAGAUCACUGCAAAGAUAGAAAAGCUUCCCACUUCUAGCCCACAAGGUGGUCAGGUUGCUCUGCCUGCAUUUGGGUCAGCCAUGCCAAGCAUGGACACGGCAAUACUCAUGAAUAGCGUACAGAAGAUUGUACAGGAGAACGAAAAGCAUAAAGCAGAGAUUGUAGAGAAGAAUGCUAAGCUGGAGAAACAGAAUGAAAAGAUAGCGGAACUAUUGGAUAAAAACCAACGGUUCAUGGAAAACAGUAACACGUGGAUGGAACAGAGACAUGAUAUAUUUAAGAGCAGCUCUGAGCAGUCACAGGUCCAACUUAUCACACUACAGCAGGAAAAGAUUAUGAUGGGUGGUGAGCUGGCAGUCGCAGAGUCCAAGGUCACAGCUCUGCAGAGCCAACUUUCUGCUGAGCAGGAAAAGGCUGUAGCGUUGACAGGGCAACUAGCCGCAUACUGUGCUGAUGCAGUCAAGCAGCGUGAGGAGGCAACCCAUCUGAAAGCCAUGAUGUCAGAGAAGGAGCAAAAGCUUGCUUCCCUCAGCCAGUUGCUCUGUGAAGAGGAGGUGAGGAAGAAGGAAGCUGAGCAUAAAGUAAAACAGCUAGACAGUGAACUAGACAUUCUACGUGAGAAGACGAGGAGUUUAGAAGAGACGCACAAUGAGAUGGAGGGGAAGUUUUCCUUGGUGACGCAGAAUGCAGAAACAGAUAUAUGGGCAUUGAAGGCAGAACAUGAGCCCGUUGCCAGCAGCAGUGAGGAGGCUAGGAAGCUGAGUGAAGCCCUAACAGAAGAGCGAAGGGUGUCAGAGGAGAGCAUGAAUAAAAGGCUCGUCAAUACAACAGCGACCGUUGUGGAGGAGUGGAAGGUAAAGCUUGCUAGUUGCAUGGAAACUGCAAAUCAGCAACAUAGUGAUGAAAUAGAGAAGGCAGAAGAGACAAAGACACAGUUGAUGAGUGAGCUUGAGGAAGUCAGAUUGCAGAUGGAUGCUGAGCGACAGAGACAAGUAGCUCAUUCUACUGAGCUUCAGGAAGAGAUAGAAGUUAUGCAAGUCUGGAAAGACAAAUAUAUUGCACUGAGGGAACAGGCAGUUGCAAUGAAGUUGGCAUACACAGGUAAGAUAGAGGAGCUAACGGCAAAGCUGGAAGAGCAGGAGUCCUCCAACCAGGCGCCUAGCACUGACGUAGCUCUUGAAGUGAAGCGGGUGAUGAGUGCCGUCUACCAUGCGGCACGCAGCGAGUUUGAAGAACAGGAGAGCUACAGCGGCGCCGAGGUGCAGUCAGCACUGCUCCGUACCAUAAAGGAGGUGACCUUGCAACUGCUGAGCCCUGCGGUGAGGGAGAGGUCGGAAAGCGAGGCCAUGUCAGAGGGUGAACAGGAUUCGCAGCCUCAAAUCAGACAAGAGUCACCUUUGACUGAACACAGACAACAGUCGGUUGCCGAGAAUGUCACUCGCGAGAGUGCAGCUGAGGAGGCUCCUGAGAGUGAAUCGACGGCUAGGGAUGCAGAAGCGAGUGACGAAUCAUUUGAGUUUGUCCAGAAGACUAACGAUAGUAGUGACCGCCAGCCAGAACCAGCAGAGUUACCUGUGGUAUCGGUGCAUGAGGAUGACCUGGAACCGCAAGGGCAGGCCAGCAGUAUGCUGGGUCCGAAUGAAAACCCAGAAGACGCGGAACAGAUGGGAGGUGCCCCGGCAAAAGAACCUGUAGUUCAGCUAGGAGAGUAUGAGCAACAGACACAGCUAGAACCGCAGCAAAUGGGGGUAGAGUGUGAACGACAAGAGCAGGUGGAACCAUCUGAAAUGCUGGCUGAACAAGAACAAUCAGUGCAGGCAGAGGGAGGAGCAGAAGAACAUACUAAAGCAAAGAUUCCUGUGGAGUCUGGGGAGUCAAACGAAGGUGUUUGUCAUGAAGAUCAUCAACGGGGGCAACCAGAGAGUGCAGCUGUGGAUAUGUGUGCAAGUGUAGGGGAACUUGAACAGGAGGAUGAGGAGGAACAGUGGCAACAGGAACAGCCUGAGGAAGACAGUCUCUCUGCAAGGAUCAGGGAGCAAGAGCAGCAACAGGAACAGCCAGAAAACGAGGUGCUUCCUCAACAGAUAGUGCCUGAUAGAGAAGCUGCAGAGAGGGUUGGGUAUGCCGAAGGAGGUGAGCACAUAAUAGAUGAAACAUCUGAGACAGAGUCGCUAGAAGCAGAACCUUUGGAUGACCUGCAUCAGCAACUGACCGUUGAUUUCAGAGAGCCUCCAAAUACAUCCUUUCCAGAGGGCAAUGAGUAUCUUUCCAAUGAAUCGAAGAACAGCUCAGCAGUGGGGCAAGAGGAGGUUCCGGCAUUAGUGAGAGAGAAUGAACCAGCAUUAGUGCAAGAGGAAAUUCAAGCAUUAGUGCAAGAGGAGGUUUCAUCAUUGGUGCAAGAGGAGGUGCCAUCAUUGGAGCAAGAGGAAAUACCAGCAUUGGUGAACGAAAAGGUGCCAGCAUUGGUGCAAGAGGAGGUGCCAUCAUUGGAGCAAGUGGAGGUGCCAUCAUUGGAGCAAGAGAGGGAGCCAGCAUUGGUGCAAGAGGAGAUGCCAUCAUUGGUGAAAGAGGAGGAACCAUCAUCUGUGCAAGAAGAGAUCCCAGCCUUGGUGCAAGAAGAGGAACUGGCAGUGGUUCAAGAGGAGGACCAGCCAUUAGAACAGGGGGCCUCAACAUUGAUGCAGGAGGAGCAGGAGGUAGCCUCAUUGCAGCAAGAGGAGGAGGUAGCAUUGAUGGAGGAGAAGGUCUCCGAGGACCCCAAAUCAGUGUCAGGGCAAUCAAGAUCAUCAGAAAAAGCUAGCACAAGUUUAUUCAAUGAUGAUGAUGAUGAUGAUGAAGAGGGAUGCCGAGUUGGGAAGCCGCCUGCUCAGCUUGUAUCGUGUCCUCCCAGUAGAAGCAAGGUAAAACUGUCUGCUAAGAAAACCCCUCCCGAAGGGACUAAAACAUCUACAAGCUUAUUUGAAGAGGACGAUGCCGAGGAUGAACAAUUUGGAGUCUCUCUGUUUUCGCAGCCGUCGGUUCCUGCCCAACCUUCCAGCCUGCCAGGGCAGCAGGCAUCACACACGCCCAAAGACUCUGCCUCACGUCGGCUGGUCGAUGAAGCUAUGGAUAGUGACACGAGCAGCAAUGACAGCAGCGGUGCAAAUGCUGGACGUCCUGUUCCGCCACCACUGUUCGGGGAUGACGAUGACGACGACAACGACAUCGAUUGGUUCAAGUGAACUUUGCAUUGUAAUCAUGGUGAUCUGUUUGUGGAUUGUAACGGGCAGAGAGAGCAGAAAAGAACCCUUAUAUGAGACCCGAUAUUCACUCUGCUCAGUAUUUAAUAGCAUUGUAAUACUUUUUUUAAUAUGUGUGAAUAACGAACAAAAGAACAAUAUGGAAUACAGGACACGGUGAAAGUGAAGGUGGUACGUCUACCUUAAUCAGUCUGCAUCGUACAGUUGGUAUUGUUGACUUCACACACUGCUCUCAAUAUAGCAAUAUGAUAACGAUUACUGUCAUGAGAUGUUACAUCAUAUUCGAUUUCGCCGUUCACGAAGAACUUGUAUCUUAAAAUUUAUUUGUAAUGAAAAUACUAGUAAAGUAUAAAUAUAUUAACUAUCACAUAUGCAAUAUAUGAGGAUCUUGUAACAUCUCCUGUAGCCUAUACAGGCCUUGCUAUUAGAACAAUCUAAAUGUAUUCACAAACACUAUUGCUUAUAUUUGAUAUAUAGGGUCAACAAACGUGGAUGCGUCCACUGACAUACAAAGCUUUUAAGAUAUAAUCAGGAGUAGAUAAAGGGAACCCCUUUAUCUACUCCUGAUAUAAUGUUACUGAGUAUUAAUUAGCCCAAUAUUUUUGUUUAUUGUUAUUAAUCUAGGAUGUGUAAAAGAUGUUAAGCUGUUAAAAACUGCCCAUUAGCCUGAAAACGUUUGAAAUCAUGAUAUUGUGUAUGUAUAUUGUGUUUUUUAAGUUUGACAAAUUUUGAUAAUUGUGAUAUAUUAAAAAAAAGAAAUUGACCAUUAAAAUGAGUAUUUUUAAAUA